AAGAGGUAGUGGCAGAGCUGCGCGAGGCUGGCAGCGCUGCGCCCUCGCCCCGCGCGGCCGCCGGGGAUGCUGCGGGGGCGCAGGCCGCGGCGCUAGCCCGCUCCGGCCCCGGCGCGCCAGGCAUGCAGGGCAAGGCCAAGCUGCUGCUGGUCCAGAACGGCCGCAUGGGCCCAGCGGUAUCGGAUGGAGAGUUAAAUGCCUCCAGGGCCCGUGGCAGCAACCACAGUGUGAAUAGCCUGCCAGGACCACAGACCACAUGCAGCUCCACGCAGAAGUCCGUGGUCAGCUGGGCCGAAUCCUUCGAGACACUGCUCCAAGAUCGUGUGGCUGUCACCUACUUCACCGAGUUCCUCAAAAAGGAGUUCAGUGCUGAGAACGUCUACUUCUGGCAGGCAUGCGAGCGCUUUCAGCAGAUCCCGGCCAGCGACACACAGCAGCUGGCACGGGAGGCCCGGCGGAUCUACGACGAGUUCCUCUCCAGCCACUCGGUGAGUCCCGUGAACAUUGACAAGCAGGCCUGGAUUGGGGAGGACAUGCUGGCCACCCCAUCCCCGGACAUGUUUCGCAUCCAGCAGCUCCAGAUCUUUAACCUGAUGAAGUUUGACAGCUACACGCGUUUUGUGAAAUCCCCACUCUACCAGGCCUGUUUGAGGGCAGAGAGCCAGGGACAGCCCCUACCAGACCUGCGGCCCCACUCCCGGAGCAGUAGUCCCCCACCCGACCUCAGCAAGAAGUCAAAGCUGAAGCUGGGCAAAUCCCUGCCACUGGGUGUGGAGGCAGCAGGCAGCAACACCAAAAGCAGCCCACGCCGGUCCUUCAGGAAGGGGGAGCGAAGGGAGCCCUCAUGGGCAGAGGGGGGAGAAGGCAGUGGAAGUGCCAUGCUAUGGCGGGAGUCCCAGGGCUCUCUGAACUCCUCAGCCAGCCUGGACCUUGGCUUCCUGUCCUCUACCAGCACAACCACCAGUCCCUGGACAGAGAGCCACCGGAAAAGCCUGGGAGGUACUGAGGCAGAGCCGCAGGCCAAGCCCAUGAAGUACUGCUGUGUGUACCUGCCGGACGGCACGGCCUCUCUGGCCUCUGUGCGGCCUGGCCAGUCCAUCCGCGACAUGCUGGCUGGGAUAUGUGAGAAGCGUGGCUUCAGCCUUCCUGACAUCAAGGUCUAUCUGGUGGGGAAUGAGCAGAAACCGCUGGUGCUGGACCAGGAGUGCUCUGUAUUGGCAGACCAGGAGGUGAAGCUGGAGAACAGGAUAAGUUUUGAGCUGGUAAUUUCCUCCCUCAAUAAGACCAUCCGCAUCACAGCAAAGUCAACCAAGCGCAUCCGGGAAGCACUGCAGCCUGUGCUGGGGAAAUACGGGGUGAACGUGGAGCUGGUGCUGCUGCGGCGGCAAGGCGAGCCUGGGGCCCUGGACCUGGAGAAGCUGGUUAGCACAGUGGCUGCUCAGAAACUUGUCCUGGAAACACCAGCAGAUGCAAAAGUGAUGGAUAGUGCUGAGGCUGCAGCUGCCCCCUCCCCACUCCAGAGCGAGGAGGGAAGCCCGACAGGAACAGAGGCUGACACACUGUGGGAGAUGCCCUCCUCCUUCUCCAGGCCCCGGUCAUCAGCUGCUACAAACAUGAACCGGCGCACGUACGACCUGGAAGGGCUGGUGGAGCUGCUGAAUCGUGCCCAGAGCUGCAGGGCCAACGACCAGCGUGGGCUACUCUCCAAGGAGGACUUGGUCCUGCCUGAUUUCCUCCAGCUCCCAGGGCAGAAUGACAGAGCCUGUGAGGGGUCAGAUCAGCCAUGCAACCCUCAUGCAGGCUCCAAAGGAGAUGGCCAGCCUCAAUCCACAGAGCCAACACCAGCUCAACCGCCAGCUGACUACGAGCCCCGCUGAGUCCUGCUGCACGUCUGCACCCAGCACGUGGUACCCCCAGGCCAUGGCAGGGUCCAACACAGGGCCUGACCAGCCCCUGCCCUGCACUGCUGGCACUGCCUGGACCGCAGAUUCGUCCACGUCCUGUCCCAAACUGUCGUGUCGUGUUGCCGUGAGUGGUUGAGCAGCUGCCAUGCCUCUCAGUGGGGGUCACAUCCUGGUGCACGUCAAGGGAGUCUUGUACAUAGUUCCAACCCCAUUACAAAGCACUUUGCAAUGUCCCAUGCACAGCUGGCACUGUUCUGCCCAGUGCUUCUGCCUCCUCUGCCUGGUGCAGAGAUUCCCAUGGGCAAAUCCUACCCAUGCCAGGGUGGCACAGCCCUAUUGACUAUCUAAAGGGUGUGAGGGAUGGGGAGGAUACAGAUGGAUAAGGUGGCAAGGCAGGGACCAGCCCUGUACCCCAGUGCAGUGGGCAGGCAGAGUCGGGAGAACGUGCAGAGCUAAGGGAUGGGUCAGGCCACUGUCCCAGCAGGAAUAUGGGGAAUAUACCUUACUUGUUGAGGGCUUAUUAGCCCUGUGGGCUUAUCUUUUAAGGGAUUGUGGCUACCUAGCUCCUUGGAGAGCAUGUUGUGCUGGCCUGUGCCUGAAGGUCACCGCAGCACUGGACAGGUUGUUACCGUCUGUUUUGCAUGAGUGUGACUUGGCCUGACUGCACCAGGCUCAACACAGUCCAGAGGCAGGACUCUGCCUCUGAACUUGCUGUACAGCAGAUGGACAGUAGCAACAGCAAUAGCACUGCUGUUGUAGAGCAGGGCGUCCAGGCACGGUUCCUGCCCUCUUGGCUGAGAGAAUUGUCAGCUUGUUGUCUGCCAGGUUCACCAGGUUCAUGCCCUGUGCAGACAGAGGCAGAGCCAACAAUGUAUCCCAAAGGACCCUGCCUCCUCCCUGCAGCGAGAACCUGCACAGGAGGGUACAGAAACGACUCACAGGCUGCAAAUGCCUGCAGGUCCCCUGCCCUGGGCUCCUUGCUGGAGUCCUGGGCACUCAGCCCUUUGGAACAGGCCUUCAUGGUGCUGUGAGAUGGGGACUGGGUGCUGGAAGGUGCCAGAUAAAUGCAGCACCCUCUGAGUGCUGAGCACCUCAGACUGGCCUGCAUGGUGCUCUGGGACAAACUGGAUGCCUGGCCUCCCUGGUGGGACUUCCCUCCUGCCUCGUGGCUGUGCUGCACAGGCUGCAGCAGAUGGUAACCUUGAUCCCGGCUCUGCCAGACCUGGCCAUGCCCUUCAAAUCCCUCUCCUAGGCAUCUCCAUGUCCCCAGAGGUCCCUACCCCAUGGGGACAUCUGCCAAGUCUGUGGCAGAGACAGAGUCUCUCCACCAGCAGCGUGGGAGAUCCCUCUAUCAUCCACGCAUGCUGGGCCCUUUCUGGCCCCAGGCAUGCCCUGCUGUGCCCGGGGUCACUGCCCUGCCAUGACCACACUGCCAGAGGUAAGGGGGUGGCCCCAGGCCUCCCUGCCUCCGGUCCACCCCAGAGCCCACCCCAGGGCAGGUCCAGGGGCAGGGGGCACAGCUGUCCAAAUCUGGCCCCACACUGCCCCAUGGCUGGCUGCAGCCCUGUGGCCUGAUUCAGAGCCAUCGUGUGUCUCUGUGGUCCUGCUCAGUUCUGUCUGUGGUGUGAAA